AUGGCGUGGAAUUCAAGCUUCCUCAUCCUAUUGGCCUCUUUGUAUCUCAUGAAUCUCGCUAUUGCUAAGAAUCCGUGCAAGACAGAAGUUAACGUACCUGGUAUGGCUCUCAAAGGAUUUGUCUUUAAAAAGGUCCCAGUAACAGCUCCUCAUGUGUGCGAUAUCACCUGCGAGAAGGAUACGAUAUGUCAAAGCAACAAUUAUGUAAUUGGGGAAAAGUACUGUGAAUUAAACACCCGAACCAAGGAAGCAAGGCCCGAGAAUUUGCAGCCAGAUGAUUUACGCUUUUACAUGGGACGCAUUAGUGGUAGAAGUAUGUAUCCGGUUUAGUUUAUUUUACAUACAAAUCUUUCUCAAUGAGUUCUUUGUAAAAACCUGCCACUUUCCGAGAGCAAAUGUCUGAUUGCUUUGUUAUUAAAUACGUUAAUACCAGCUAAAAUUCACAGAUCUUUAUUAUUAUUAUUAUUCCGUGUUUACCUUGCCCGAACAAAUAUAUUUUCAACUCUAAUCUGUUUUAAAACUUCUAUUAACCUUAAACUAUAUAUUAACGAAGUCAUGUCUACAUCAUAGCCCCCUUAGGAUCUAUUCCUGAAUUACCAGCGUUAUCGUGCCAGGAGAUAAAAUUAAGUGAAGGUGAAGACAGCAUCAGUAAAAGGUAUUGGUUGGAUCCAGCUAAUGCCGGGAGUUCAAAGUUGGUUUACUGCGACAUGAUUUUGGAAGGUAACUCAGUAUACCAAGAACAGAAUUUACACAUUGUUUGGUCUGCCUCUGCCCUGGCCUUUUGUGAAAUGUUUCUCCCCGUCUCAGUGAUUUAAUCGAUUACUUUCCAAUUAGACAUUGAUGAAUGCAAAGGCACCAAUAACAUUUGUGACCAAAAUGCAGACUGCUCCAAUACUGUUGGGUUUUAUAAUUGCACGUGCAAAGACGGAUUUACUGGGAUGGACACUCGUGCUCAGCUAAAAUAGUUACAGACAUGCCGAGGUACAAUAUUUAAUUCUUUUUCGCCUAAAAGCUCUGUACAUUUGAGCUAUCUACAAUCGAGUAAUUAAGUGAAUAAUAAACCAAUAAUACCUUGCAAACUAUAUCAGAGAAGCCCUAGCAUUAAACAAAGCAAUUUUAGCAAGAGCUAUUGUCACACUAGUGCUAAGUUUUGCUUUUUAAGCAGCAUUAUCCAUACAUGUUUAUGCACGGAGUUGCCAUGAUCUACAUCCGGUUUGUUUGAGAGUCAUCAUGUUAGGAGAUGUAAAAGAAAAAACAUAAGAGAAGAGAAUAUAAUAUCUAGAUUGCACGUUAAAGACGAAAAGGUGAAAGCUAUUGCUUAUUAUUCGAAAUGAUUCAAGUAAUUACAAAUCGUUAGGUGACAAAAAUAAACUACAAAAUGCAUCUACGGUUUCUUAGAUAUUGACAAGUGUAAAGGAAAUCACUCCUGUCACGUGAAUGCUAAGUGCAAUAAUACCCUUGGAUCACAUGUAUGUGAAUGUCAGCCUGGAUAUACUGGGAAUGGACAAGCCUGCACAGCUGAAUUUAAU